ACGAAGUCCGCGUUCUUAUCUGAACGCACAUUUAACGAUCAUAUCCUCGACAAAAAACGACGUCGAAACUAUAGAGACUCACUUUGAUCCUUUUUUUGCGCAUCUUGAGUCGCAUAUCCUCCUGGUAAAUUGAACAGGACAGAACACGAGCAGAACAUGUGCUUGGUGACUAUCAAAACAAGACAGGACAAGAACAAGUUGCUUUUGUGACUACUAUCAAGAGCAUUAUAGGUACUGUUUGAAAAUAUGAACACAAAUAUGGAGCCCAAGGUCCUUGAGAUCACUGAAUUGUGACGUGAAUCUUGUCGUAGGAUUUGAGAGGAUGCCCGAUUUUCGAGAUGAAGGAGUACUAGCUACGAUCCAGAUCCAGUAGUUGAGAGACCAGAGGCGUACCUUUUUUUUUACGGAGAGAGACUCGUGAGGCGAGUAAUUUUGGAGCGAAAGUAAACUCACUCGGACACUCUAAGGAAAAAAAUCUUUAUCGUAAGGGAAACAGGAUGCGAUCCGGAUCCGUCGGAUGGAAAAAAAAAUCGUUGACGUUGUAUCAUUAUUUACUCCGGAGUAGGUUCGAGAGACGUUGAGUGUCGCCGUCGCCAUUCAUUCAACAAGCAGUCCAAACCUCCCGCUCCCAAACCCAUGUUGCAACCUUGUCCUAUUCCCGGAAAUAGUAGCUAUAUCUCCACUUCGUGGUAGCAAAACGCAAGUAUCUAACCUCUCCUCAACUUCAACCAUGAUUGAUAGCAGUGAGUAGAUUCUAUGACUUUCGUUGGUUAGCAUUCGUUUGGAGAAAGACGAUCAAAUUAUUGUAGGCUCACUUCUUGCGAUAAAGGAGGAUGACAUCGUGCGCGAAAGCGCUCCAACAGUGGAGCGAGAAGAAUGACGCGGCGAAUCCCGAAGAGGCAGAGCAGAUCGCACUUCUGUGUUUGAUCCCACCGAUCAACAAGAUGGACUCAAGUUUGAAUGCUCUCGUAAACGUGAAGUACCUGUCACUGUCGACCAACUCCAUCGAUAAGAUGAUAUCCCUACCAGGGCUCAAGAAUCUGAAGCGACUCUCCCUUGGGAGGAACCAAAUCAAGAAGAUACAAGGUAACUAAUGAUCAGUUUUCUCAUUUCAUUCAUUAUGAAGAACUAUGGUGUGCAAUCUGUCAUUGGUUUAUUUCUCAUAUCUUUAUGUUUAUGAGUACUAUCUCUAGUGUGCAGGAGUAGAGGCAGCUAGGUUCUUUGGUACUACGUGAUUAUCUUUUGCACAUCCCUUUUUGAAUGUUCUCGGGCUCGGAUUGCAAUAAUAGGUACGUUUUCGAUAUCAAAUAAAAACGUGUUUUUGGAAAAAUACGACAUAGGUUUGGAGGAAGUCGGUGCAACGCUCGAGGAGUUAUGGUUGUCAUACAACCACAUUGCGACGUUAGACGGUCUUCACCCUUGCGUGAAACUCAACACCCUCUUCAUGAGCAACAACAAAAUAAAGCAGUGGGACGAGCUUCAAAAGCUGCAGCAGCUACCAGAGUUGAACAUUAAGACUCUACCACUACAACGUCAUAAUCAUAUUCCACAUCAACAACUCAUGUAAAGAUAGAAGCUACAAAAAGAUCAAGAUGAUCUUCAAUCAUUGAUAAUCAAGAUUAGAUUGAUGAGUACUAACUAGACAUGAAGAUGUGAAAGUUUGAGUGUCUUGAUAGUUCCUCUGUAUUUGAGUUCCUUGUGGAUGCGUAGAAUCAAUUAGCUCUAAUAUCGAUCUCUUGCUUAUCGGCAAUCCUAUCUAUGAGGGUAUGACAAAAAAAGCAGCAGCACCACAAGUAUUGAAGAUCCUACCGACGCUUAAAACCCUUGAUGGAGAAAUGGCAGGCCUUGACGGUGGAGGUGAUUCUGCAGCCGGACCUAUCAGAGACGCAAGUACAAUUGCUGUUUUCUGACACUGAAAUUGUUAUUGUCACUUUAAUUGUCGUCUGCAGUUCCAUUAUCACGAAAUGAACUUAUUAAUGCGGUUCUUGUUUUUUGUCCUCACAUUGUCAUUGUCUCCUGCUACUACAUGUGCCCCUCUCUCUCGAUCUUUUUCCCCGAUCUCAAUAUUGUCAGAUGAACAUCACUCAUAUCAAAUCUAUACUCCAGUCGAGGGAAAGUUUGCAAGCUUCGACGAUGCUGUCGCAACAUUGGGUAUGGAUCCAGGAGCGGCUAUGGACAAGGGUGCUUUUGCUGGUGCUCUUGGAAACCUGGGUAUCGGAAAGGACGAGGCAGAAGCACUCUUCGACGCCUGUGCCGAGGGAGGCAAUACCAGUCUGGAGGCGGCGGCAGACUACGUUGCAAACAACUAGUGACCAUUGCGUGUACUAGAAGUGUACGCUUUUCGAAAAUUUCUUAGGUGUACGUGAAUCAAUUCGACAGCAGCGCCCACUGAUGAAUGGUGGGGAAUGAAGUAUUUUAUUUCGCCCAAGAAUCGACAAAGCUGACAUUUGAUUCAACUUACACUAUCAGCUUCUGUAUUUCUAUGAUUUUUAGUGGCCUUACAACUCCAAUGAAUUAACAUCUUUGCGUCUGCAAUCAGAAUCAGACAACUUCAAGUCACAGACCUCUUAUCCUGAAAUGCGAAUAUUACUAAGAUCUUCAAUGGCUCAAUUAGAAACUGACUUCCAUUCCAAUUUCCCUCUUAAUUACAAAGUGCGCUACCGAAAUAAACAUUCUAGACCAUUUUUGCAUCCAACUAGCACCGACUACAACCAACCUGAGUGACGGAUCAAAGCAAUCAAUUAAUGCAUAAUACGACGUUGAUACGUCUACGUCCGAACGAAAAAAACAGACAAUUCGCCAGAGCUGUAUUUCAACAAAAAUUGAAAUUAAGCAUCUUGCAAUCCUAUUCGCUACAUG